AUGACAAGAAUCCAGGAAGUUUUCUUCUCCUUGCCUGAAAGAAACUAUUUGUUACUCUGUUGUGAUGGAGCCUUCAAGGGUAACCCUGGGACUGCUGGAUUUGGAUUUAUUGGCAGAAAUAACAGUGGAGAUUUUGUGAUAGCUAUGUCUGGUGGACUAGGAGUAGCUAAAUUUUUUUAUGCAGAAGCCAUGGCUGUCUUAUGUACAGGGGAAUGCGCCAUUCAAAAUGGUUACUUGCAGCUCAUUUUCAGAUCAGAUUCACAAUUAGUAAUUGAAGCUUUCAGAUCUAUGAAUGUCCCCUGGUCUGCAAUAUCAAGAUGGAGUAAAAUCUGUGAAAAAGUCAAGGACUGGAUAUUCAUACACAGUUACAGAGAAGUAAACUUCUCUGCUGAUGCAUUAGCAAAAAAGGGUGUGAAUCUUCAAAAGGGUGAGUGUAUCAUCUACAACCGUGGACCAGCCUUCCUAACACAAAUGAAAAAUGAUCAUCAAGUUUAUUACAGAUUUAGUUAG